CGAGAAUAACGCUCAUGGGGCGCUGAAAGGGAAUGAGUGAGGAUGAGCUCGUACACUGUAGCCUAAGUUAGCGGUCCCGACAGAUAUAUGUAGUUCCCUCUUGAUUGGGCUGAUAUUCCAGAAGAAUGUACCGGGCAUUGGACCAUAUAGACUAUGACCAUCUUCAAAUCAAUGACAAAACACCAAAGGGAGACAACCCUACAAACCAGCCUCGCUCACUGCUGCAGAUCAGCUGUAAGGUCCUAAAUGAGUAUCCUCCCUUGGCUGAGCUAACCAUCACAUCAGUUCCUGUUCAUCUAGCACCAGUAUUGCUGAAAGCUGCUGUUGAUAAUGUUCAGCCACAGGCAGUCGGCAGCCUCAUCGCAAGCUGGCCUCUUCCAUGUCUCUGUUUUCGAGAGAUACUUUGCCACAAGACCUAUGCAGAUAUAUUCCAAGAGGAAAUGGGAUUUGACUUGGUUGUUUUUCGUGGCAUCUUAGGAAGAACAAAGGCUUGUAAAAUGAAAUGCCUGGAUUUCAGAGGAUUCAAACUGAAUACUACCUUUAGCAAGCUGAUCAUCCAGAUGUGGCCAGUCCUGUCUCUCAAGAAAUCACAGCUCAACCUCAAGCGCCUGGCUAAAGUCAUUUCCAAGACAGCCGGUGUUGAGGCCACUAGACUAACUGAAGAAGUCUUGCCCAAGUUGCUGAAUGAAAUCCUGGGUCAUAAGAUGAUCAAGUAUUCCAAUGUCCGCAUCAACUUCCCCAGAGGGCACAAGAUGGUGGUUAAGAUGGACAUGCUGCAGUUUAGCACCAACAAUGCAUUCUUCAUGGACUACCUCAUCUCCAACUGUCUCCGCAGCAUCACUCCACUUCGUAUCCAGGUCUCUACUUUACAUAUCAGGUCAGAGCUGAUGGUUGGAGAUGAGAUCAUGGACUCCCUGGCCCCGUUCAUCGUCCUCCGAGGCCAGGAUGUAGAGACUCUUGAAGGAAUAUCUCUCCGACAACUUGAAGAAAAUGUAUUCUUCAUCAUUGCACCAGAUCUAAAGAAGUUUGCCAAUUUGCGCUCACUUGAUCUACAAGACUGUAAUAUCUACCUUCACGAGGGAAAAACACGAAGCUGUACGACUGGCAGACAGCAAAUUGUGAAUACACUCCAUUGCUUUGAACAUCUUGUGAGACUAGACAUUGGCUUCAACUACAUUGUGGGUUGUUUAGGGGAGGUGUUGGAUGCAUUGAGAAGACCCUUGGAGUAUCUCAGUAUUAGGGGCUGUGACAUUAACGAGGAGGAUUUAGACUCUCUGGCCAAGUCCAAACAUGCCGCACAUCUACGAGAACUCAAUGUCAGCAAGCUUUGUCAGUUUAUGAUCUUUGAUACGAGGAGAAUAGCUCCUUCCUAUCUCCUGAAGAUUCUCAAACAAUUCCCACAACUAACGAUCCUUAACCUGUCCCAGAACCACUUAUCAGACUCCUCGGUGCCUGAGUUCUGCCACACUCUAACGAGGACUUUAAGAAAGUUGAAAAUGUUGGACAUCUCAGCAAAUGUGCUUACGUCUGAGAACCAGCUAGACAUUACACGGGCUUGUGCUAACAUUAAGAGUAUGCAAAAACUGAAGUUAACGUGUGUGUCGGGCUUCGUGGAAGAAGCUGAACAGCCCCUGAACAUGGAUAAUAACUGUGAAAUGAAGCAGAAGCUGGUGAAACUGUUGGACGCCAUGGGGCGUGGGGAUAUAGUCAUUGAGGUGGUCAAACUCUCGCAGGCAAUAUUUGUGGACUUUGUGGACUUCAUGGACAUUCUCAGGUGAAAUCUGCAUCUAACUCAGGUGCUGUGUUCAUUCUCAGGUUAUUCUGCAUAGCUGUGCAAAAAACACAUUGUUCUGUAUGAAGAAUUGAAGUUUAUGUUAGGAUGGUGGAAAUAUUUAAAAAGUCACAAAGUUAAGCCUCGUAAGGCCUAUUCAGUGGCACUGUUCCAUCCAUUGAACCAUUAUUUCAUGUCUAACAUGACUGUUAGUAUUUUCCAAUUGAAACAAGCUGGUGCCAUAACCAUUCAGAGACAUUCGAAAGAAUUGUCCAUUUAUGCUACUCAAAAGAAGUUAAAGAACACCUGAUUCUUUCAUAUAUGAAAGAAUUGUGUGUUCUUUAUCUUCUUUCGAGUAGUAUACCACGUAUUUGCUCAAUCAGGCUUUCCAUGAAACAUGUGCCAGACAUGUGAUGAGAAUUCCUUUCAUUCUGAAUUUACAAGUUUUAAUCAUGUGUCUUCUGCACUGUAAGUGAACAUGUCAUCCAUAUCACUCUGGUUUAUUGUUAGGGAUACAGGCAAACAAAUCCAGUUUGUUCCCCUUAUAGUGAGGUGUUUCUCUUUCAUCUUCUAAAAUAACAUCUGUGCAUUGUCUAACAGCUGCAGCCGUGGUAUGCUUGUUGUUGGCCACAUAAUACAAAGCACACAAUUGAGACCCAUGGUGAAUAUUGUUAUCAAAACAUUGCGAUAACAUCCAUUCAUUUCCAAAUACUUGACAGUAUCAUCACUGAAAAUCACAACACAUCAACAGGAACACCAGGGUCCUAUUCCUCAAAGUGAUCUUAGAACUACGAUUGUCAUAUGUUUGUGUGAAGUAUGUGAGUUACGAUCGCCUAAGCGCUAAGAUCGCCCAGAGGCAGUGUGGUCUCCUUCAUCCAAACUGUGGCUGCAGCACUGGAUGGUCAUCAAGACAUACAUUUGUUGGCUACAUUGGACAUGUGUGAGGAGUUGAAUGUGUGAAGGAUCAUCCAUUACCAGUAUUUCAGUAAACUGCAAACAAGCAGUUUUGCCAUCUUUGAACUCACACAACUUAAUCUAUGCAUUGGUAUGAGAGUCUUCAUAGGCAUUUAGAAGUAACAAUCAUAACAUUGGUUAUUAUAAUGGUAACAACUUGUUUUUUCUGCAUACACAACAUUUCAGGUCUACGUCAUGCCCCUACCAUCAGGUGAUGAAGUAACCCUGAAACGUUUUGUAUGCAUAAUAAAAUAAGUUUUCAUUAAUCAUACUCGUUGUUAUGCUGAUAUGGGAGAUGUGUAGGACAGCCCAUAGGAGAUAUGUGGUUAGGACAGCAGUGUUGAUGGUUUCCAAAACGUUUCUUUCUGUCCAAGAUUGUUCAGUAAAUUCACAGGGAUUUAUUUAGGUGUUCUAGACGGGUCUACAACAAAUCUGAAUUGUAAAUUUCUGGUUAUUAUUCUGACGAAUGUUUUAGCUGUACACAGUUGUAAAUUGGAGUUUCACUGAUAGCAAGACCAUUAAAGAGAUAAAGGUUUUGAAACUUUACAGCUUCAAAGUAUGGUGUAGACUUUUUUAAGAAUAUUGGACAAUAUGUUGUUUUUCAAAUUUGGCAGAUAGUUUAAAAUCCUACAUAAAUCCCUAGUUCAGUACCAAAUCCCACUGAAAGAGUUUAUAAGCAUGAUCAGCGCUCACUGGAAUAAUGGUAACAUGUGCUAUAGAGAAACAGAGUAGCAUUAAGUAAGAAAUUCCUGCACAAAAAGGACUUUGUUCUUUCACUAUGAGAAUGCUAUUAAUAUACAGUCAAACACCGUUAUGUCGAAGUUGAAGGGACCUACAUAAAUACUUCGAGUUAUUCAACGUUUGACAUAACCAACAAUGAUGAAUAAUGAAGGAAAAAGCAGGGACCAAAGUUUCACUUCGAGACAACGCAAGUUUGACACAUCCAAGUUUGACACAACGGUGUUUGACUGCAUGCAAUUUAUGCUGAUGAAAAUGGUAAUUACCUUGCGAUAAAAGAUGUGGUAUAAGUAAGUAUCCUGUCUUUAGGCUGUAUGAAUUAUUAUUAUUUAGAGACACUAAUGCUUGUAUACAUGGUAUACAAACAUCAGUAUUACAAAUCCAUAAAGUUACACUGUACAAACCGUCGGUGACAUUCAUUUUGUCAAUAAUCAGAUCUCUGUAUCAAGUUUCUGUAUGUUUAUAAUGUUCUGUGCAAUAAGAAAAGGUUGCUGUUUGAUGCCAGGUCUGGCUUAUGAUCCCAAAGAAUGUCCACAGAUCUGUACAUUUUGCACAUAAUCAUGAUAAUAGCUUUAACAUAAUAUCUGAAUAUGCAUGAUGGCUUCUUCUGUACAGCAUCCACAUCUCUCGAUUGAUGUGGGAUUUUCUUGUACACCAUAUUUUGGGGCCUCUUAAAAUUUACUGUUGAAUACUUUGAGUUUUUAAUGUGGCUGACACAUUUGUGGCAUCACCUCAUCAUGGAUUCUCAGAUGUGACCAAGAAAAGUGUCAGUAUUGCAAAAAACAUGGAGAGUAAAUAUAAAUAUAGUUUUUUUUGAGUGAGUUGACACUAAUGGUUGCAAGCUCAUACUGAGAUGGUAUGACCAUAUUAUUCCUGAUUUCAUUGGAAAAGAGGGGUGCAUGCUUGUUAUUGAUUGUAAUUCAUUUCUGAGUCUUAGAGGGAGGGAGGGGUAUAUUAUUUUAAUCAGAACUUUGGUGUCAAGUGAGGGCAUGGGUGAAGUUGUAUAAGACUCUGCAGUUUGCUGUGGAGAGUUGCAUUUCUUGGCAAUGCCAAGAACUGCUCAUCAUGGGUUCGAAUCCUGAUUCACCCUGAUGAAAUGUACCCAUACCCAUACCCAUGUUGGUGGGUUUCACCUCAGUGGUAAAUGUCUGAGACACUUCAGGCUUUCCUCCCACAUUAAGCUGGUUUAACUGGAAUACUGUUCAAAGUUGUGUUAAACCAAAUUCACUCACUCAAUCACUCAAUUGGAUUCCUGUGAUCUGCUUUCCCAGGUGUAAGGAUGUGUACAACCUUCAAUAUCGGAGUCAUUAGGAUUACAUACCCUUCAAUAUCAUCCCUUCUUUUAAGUUGUUCCAGCUAAUUUUGAUUGUGGAGGGUAACAAAAACAUUUUUAUGCAUUUCAUGGGAGGGUCAAGAAAACUCAUGGUCCUUCUGGUAAUGGGAGGAUUUCUUACACCCAACUAUGGUUUCACUUGGGUUGAGAAAUCCUGAACAUAUCUCUAUGCCAGUAAGGUAGUUAAGGUGAUCACCUGGACGUUGUUCAACAAAGCCCUCUUUGUGUAGCUAGGGCUAUGACUUAAGUAUAAGCGCCUUCAUGAUCUGUGUUGAGAUCUGUUUAGUGCAGUGUGACGUCAGAACAGCCAAAGGAAAUUAAGAGGAUGAGUGUACCAAAGUAUAGUACCACAUCUAUUGUAUUCAUAAAUGUUCUAAGGAGUUUCGAGAGCCUGCAGCAUAAUCUGCUUUCUGCAUAAUCACUGGAAUCCCUGUAGAUUUAUAUAUAGUGUAUGCUUAUGUCUUGUGCAUCAAUAUCACUGCUUCACAGACUUUAUGCCAACAUUCUUGGUAUGGAUUGAUGAGCGAUUGAUAUUAUCGUAAGAAGUUUCAAGAUACUGGAUAGAAGUCUUGCCACAUUUCAUCCCCCACCCCUCAUCCCCCACCCCUCCCUUAUGCUCCCCUUCUUCUAAACAUUUCCUCUGGCAGGGUUGUUAUGGUACAUAUUGUAUCGGUUCAGCUAUUUGAUGCUUUGGAGGAAUGUAACCUUUACAAGAAACUGGUACAAAGAAUCAAGAAAGAUGGAAGAAAUGGAUGUUUUCUGACGGGCUAUUGAAACUGAUUGGUUUCAUCAAACUGGGAUAAAUGGUAUGCUUCUGAUAAAGGGAGAUAAUUCAAAUAAUGGCCAAAUGUGUAGCUAAGUUGCUUAGCAUGAUCCGCAAAAGUGAUCAUGUAAUUUCUAAGAUGACAGUCAUAAAUGUGUUGAACCUUCGAAACAAGUGCUGUAUGUUUUACUACUAUUUAUGUAUAUGAGAUAUGAGUUAUAAGAAUUGGGGUGUUUCAUUAUUAUCUUACUUCUUUGCAUCUUCCUGAGGCAAGAGAGUUAACUGACUUUAAAAGUCCAGUUUCCACCCUUGCCGAACUAGGCUGGAAUUCCUGGGUUAGCGGUGCACAUGCUUUGCAAAUCCUGCAGUCGACCGAAAUCU